GUUCUUCAUCAGCUGCUCUGACGUGUCCGAGGAGAUGUCCGCGAAGAGCGUGGGCUCGGUUCUGACCCGCUCCCUGUGGACCGGAGGGAACAAGACCCCGCCCGUCAGGAGGACGUGUGGAGGAGGAGGAGGAGGAGGGGGAGGGGGGGAGCAGCGCCCCCGCGGCGGGACAACAGAACAAAGUUGCGGCUCGGGCUCGGACGGGCCCAGCGGUGACGUCACGUCCUCCACGGAACCGCCCGGGACCAAGACGCGUCCCGCGGAGCCGGUGCGCGCCGCCGGUGUCACCGCGGUGAGGAGGCGGUCGUUCACCUCCACCGCGGCCCCGGUGGACCAGAGGUCCCACCUGUGGGCCCGGUACAGCGACAUGAGGCGGCUGGUUCACGACCUGAUCCCGCCCGGAGCCUGUAACCUGCUCAACUCGUCCACCGUCUACGCCAACAACGAGGUGAGUCUGUCCGAGGUCGACAUCUACGGCUUCGACUACGACUACACGCUGGCUCUGUACUCCAACGCCCUCAACACCAUGAUCUACAACACGGCGAGGAGCUUCCUCAUCGAACACUUCAAGUAUCCUGAGGGCAUCCGCAAAUAUGAUUACAUCCCCAACUUCGCUGUGCGGGGUCUUCACUACGACAUCCAGAAGGGUCUUCUGAUGAAGAUAGACGCCUUCCAUUACAUCCAGCCAGGAACUGUGUAUCGCGGCUUGAGUCCGGUGCCGGACGAGGACGUUCUCCAGAUGUUCGGGGGAACGUUUCACGUCCCGCUGCAGCAGGACAGUGGCUUCUACGGGAAGGGUCCGAGGGUGAAGCAGUUCAUGGACAUCUUCUCCAUCCCAGAGAUGACGCUGUUGGCCGCUGCAAACGACUUCUUCAUCACCAACGGCAUCGAGUACGACCCGGUUCACCUCUACAAGGACGUCUCUGAAGCCAUCGGCAUGGUUCACCUCAAAGGCUACAUGUACAAGUGGGUCAUGCAAGAUCUGGAUAAGUUCAUCCUGCGAGGAGACGAGACGGACGCCGUCCUGCACCGGCUGGUCAGUCAGGGGAAGAAACUGUUCCUCAUCACCAACAGUCCCUUCAGCUUCGUAGACAAAGGGAUGAAACACAUGGUGGGAAACAACUGGAGAGAAUUCUUCGACGUGGUCAUCGUCCAGGCAGACAAACCUCACUUCUUCACCGACUGUAUCAAACCGUUCCGACGCCUGGACGGUAACGGAGACCUGCGCUGGGAAAAGAUCAACAGUUUGGAAAAGGGACAAAUCUACAAACAGGGAAACCUCUUCGACUUCCUCCGCCUGACGGGCUGGAGAGGAUCCCGGGUUCUGUACUUCGGAGACCAUCUGUACAGCGACCUGGCUGACCUGAUGCUGCGUCACGGCUGGCGAACGGCCGCCAUCGUCCCGGAGCUGGAGCAGGAGACGAAGGUGGUGAGCACCGACCGGUACGCGCUGAACCUCACCUGGCUGCAGGCGCUGACGGGCCUGAUGGAGCGACUGCAGACGCAUCGCGACAAAGACUCUCAACAAGUUUUUCAGGAAUGGCAGAAAGAACGAGAAGAACUCAGGAUAAUGACCAAGAACCUGUUCAACCCUCAGUUCGGCAGCAUCUUCCGGACGUGUCACAACCCGACCUACUUCUCCCGCCGCCUGUGUCGUUUCUCCGACGUCUACAUGGCGUCGCUCAGCUGCCUGCUGAACUACGACCUCUCGUACACGUUCUACCCGCGCCGCACGCCGCUGCAGCACGAGGCGCCUCUGUGGAUGGACCAGCUCUGCACCGGCUGCAUUAAGACGCCGUUCCUGGAGGAGAUGUCGCACAUACGAUGAGACAUCUCGCUCCUCAGACACUGACUGAUGGGAUUUAUUACGGUGAUGAUGAUCUGAUUCAUAUCACAGGGUUUGUUUUUUUAGCCGAGAAGAUGCUGCCUCCUGUCGCUACCCUGUGAGUUCACCAGAGGGCGCUGUAGGUUUACUGUAGGGCCACUGACGGAAUCUCUGCUGCUGCGUCAAAGUAUUAUAGAUUUUCAGAGCAAUAUUGAGCUACAACCGCACAAAUACAACAAAUAAAAAAUCUGACACGA